UUCGGCGCGCGCUUUACGCGUUGCUCAUCUCCACCGUGGCAUCCCUGUUUACCCUCAAGCCCUCAAAUGUGUGAUUCUGACCGCGGGAGCAGAAGAAGCGGAGGCCCUCUUCCUGUUAACAGCACACCUCAACGUGAGCGCGAGGAGAUAAAAUAACGACCCGUUGAAGCAGACCCAGUUAAGGUAAGUGGAAGUGGAGUGACGAUGUUUGCUGUUGACUGAAGUCGGCUCCACGAAACAAGAUGAAGAGGAGGCUGCUUCGGGGUUUCCUGUCGGAAGUUUCCAUCCGGCUGGCGCUGUUGCUCGUGUUCCUUGUGACGGAGCAGCUUUCUCCUUUCUACCGCGAGAUCCAGCCAGAGGAGAUGUGGUUGUAUAAAUUCCAUCGUGUGGAGAGAGACCACGUGCCCACCACUCUUAUGUUUAGUGUGGCGGUUUUCACUCCGCUGAUCGCCAUUCUGCUUUUCACCUUCAUGAAGACGACAGAGCGAGGAGACGCCAAGGAGGCCUUGCUGGCUGUGACUUUGACUCUAGUGCUGAACGGAGUCUUCACCAACGUCAUCAAGCUCGUCGUCGGCAGGCCGCGGCCCGACUUCUUCUAUCGCUGUUUCCCGGACGGUCAGAUGAACCUGGAGUUCCGCUGCAGCGGUGACCCAGAUGUGGUCACGGAGGGCAGGAAGAGCUUUCCCAGCGGGCACUCUUCCUUCGCCUUCGCAGGUCUGGGUUUCACGGCGCUGUACGUCGGGGGAAAGCUGCGGUGCUUCAGCGCCGGGGGGCAAGGCCGAGCGUGGCGGCUGUGCGCCUUCCUCACACCUCUGCUGGUGGCGGCCGUGAUCGCCCUCUCCAGAACCUGUGACUACAAACACCACUGGCAAGACGUGUUAGUGGGCUCUCUGCUGGGCCUUGCCUUCGCCUGGCUGUGCUACCGACAGCACUACCCUCCCCUUCAGGACCCCGACUGCCACAGACCACUGCGUCACAGGGAGACUGUUCCCGCCGCGCAGGAGCGCAAACUGGCCAACUCCAACUACAUCCUGCCCCGAUAGGGCGGCCCGAAGCGCCCCCGCUGUCAUACCGCCGGGUUACACGGCGCCCCCUUAUGGUUCUCUAAGGUUUUCACCCCUCCCCCCUGCUUGUUCUAUAUAUCUAUAUGAGAGAUAUAUACGUCAUAUUCCAUGUAAAAGGUAUUGGCAUUGGAUGACCUAGGAAAUGACGUGAUAUUUAGUAUUUUUCAUGAGUCCCUACACACACACACACACACGCACACCCUGACACCCUGUGUAUUGUGACUCUGGGUCACAUGAUGUUAACCCCCUGCAGCAGCUGAACAGGUUAACAGCACAACGUCUGCACUGACAGUCUACUGGCCUUCAAACACCGUGAGGCGCUCUCUCAUUCUGGGACACUUAUCUGCUGAUUAACUGCUUUUUUCAGAGGAAAAGAGCUUGGACGUCAGUUCAUUGUCGUUUGUUCCAAACUUUUUGGGGAACAGAGUUGGAGGACAACUUGUAGCAGAAAAUGAUUUUGUUGCGAUUAAUGGGCAGUGCUUUUUGAAAAUCGAUCAGUCUUUCAUCUGUUUGUUUAUUUAUCAACUAAUGACGCCAGAUGCUUGGUGGUGACGUCUUCUCAAAUGUGUAAAUGUGCUGCUUUUUUAUUGUGAAUUUGAUAUACAAGUGUUGGACAGAGGAGCAGUUUGAAGCUUUGAAUCCUUUUUCAUAAUUUACUGCCAUUUGCCAAACUAAAUUAUUAUUUAAUCAGUAAAUUUGAGAACUAAUCAAAAUAUUAAAUAACAAAUAAUGUCAUUUUCAGUUAAAACCUGAAAAAAUGCACGUUAAAGACUUUUUCACUGCAUCUCUGAGCUUUCUUUAGCAGAUGGCACUGGUUAAGAUGGGAUCACCUGAAUGUCAAACUCAUUUUUUUUCUUCAAUUUUACAUCAUGAAUUGUACUGUAAUAUCUAUAAAAUAAGUCAGUUUAAAUCAGUUUUUUAAAACUAAGCUAAACCGUCUGGGCACUGUAGUUUUGAGUUAACGUUACUCAACCAGCGGUAAAAAUGUCAUUUGUUUUAUUUGAUGUAGCAGCUCAUGAUUUCUGCAUCGCUUUGCUGUACAAGAAUAAUAUUCCCCCCACAUCGCCGCCAUUGCUCUAACUGGACGGCACAUCAGCUGAUGUGACUGUAAAGCCGAGCUAUUCACGGGGGGGGGGGUUAGCCUAACCCUUGGGCUCGCUGUGGCUCCCGGGACGACCCGUCUGGAGGGCAGCUGCUCGCGCGGGAGCCUCUGAAAGCUUCUCUUUCUGGUGAGCGCGGUCAGACUGGAACCCCACCAGGUGACGGAGCUCUCAGUACUCCUGGAGGUCCGCUUUUCUAUCCUGUUAGUAGUUGUAUUGGAACAAAAAAGUUUACUGCCAGUUUUCAUCCACUUUCUUUCAACAGAGUUAUCAGUUCUGAUUUGAUUUUUACUUAUUUCCUUUAUGGUCUUUUUUUAAUUUUAUUUUUCCCUCCUUAUUUAUUUUUUGGUUGUGUUUUGUAAGUUUUUUUUUGUUUUUGUUCUACAGGGUCUCUGUGAGUCGGACUGAAAGCAGCCGGAGGACUCUGUGCCUUUUGUUUACUACUUUGUUGGGUGUACGGAAUGAACUAUGCUGCACGUUACGGUUUAGGCAAACUUUUCUUUUGAAACCUUACAUUUUUCUUUGUGUUCGUCUCAUGUUUAAAUGAUGCAUGCUGCCUUCCUUUGCCUCCGAAAGCAACAGUACUUUCGUUAAUAUGGUUGCAGAUGGAGUCAAAUGAAGAUUUCUGGGUUGAAAAUAAAAGUCACAUCAAAGGGAGUAAAAUAAAUAUCUACAUUUUUCUUUUCUAUUUUAGCACAAUAGGAGACCAAUAAUAUCUUAAUUGACUUGGUCAUUCAUGAGAUGAUGUACAGGUCUAAGUGUAUUCAGUCUUGGCAUGUAGGAGUUUACUUGAAUUUUGACUAUUUCUCUGUUUAUGUUAAAUGUGGUCAUGUUAUUUAAUGCAAAUAGGAAUCAUAUUCAUUGGCACUUGGUUUUCUAGUGGGCUAUAUCAAACACAAAAUAAAUGUCCCUUAGAAAGUC